UUAUGGAUAAGGAUCCAGAAGCUACAGAGAGGCUACUGUCAGGGAUUGUGGAGAAGGAAUUACAAUCAGACAUUGAAGACUUAAAGUCAAAACUCCUUUCUGAAGGGAACCAAGCAAAACUACACAUUGAAAAGCUGACUGAGGAACGCAAGAAACAUAAACAGCUGACACAGACAAU